AUGUCCGAACCAUCAUGGCCUCCGCUAGAAUUCACCGUGCCUGCCAACACCAUGAUUGCCAGAACGGCUAUCGAUUCUAUUAUUGGAUACGUCCGUCGAGGAUACACUGAUGAUACGGAUGAAGGAAUCCAAGGUAAGAUAGCCUACCUCGAGAAUGUCAAACGAAACGGUACCACAGCGUCGUCUACUGUCAUAACCACAAGCAGGACUCUUUUCGGUGUUGGAAAGUCCACUUCCGUCCAGACGGCGCCAAUGACCAAACAAGAUUUCACCAAGAUCGUCAGUCGUAACAGUCAUGAUGAAAAUCUAGGCAGACAAGCUCAUAGAGUCCAGGAGUAUAUGGCUUUUCUCAAUGGAUCGACAUCGUCAAGAAACGACGAAAUGGGAGGCACAGAUGGUGGAUAUUCAUCCUGGGCUGAUAUCCCAGUCUCACAAGGUCAAAGGGAUUUCGACGAGUUUCUAGAACGAACGGAUCCAGUGCUCCUUGGGAAGCCUCCCAAGCAAUAG